ACACGUGUGACUUUUGGUGUUGUGCUCAUAGUAACAGUAAGUUUUUGAAAUGGAAAUUAAGAACAUGAAGAAGGCGAAGAGGAACAGCGGUGAUAUGGAAGCAGCAGACGCGUCGCCCUCAAAGAAAGUGAAGACGAAUCCGAAAAAAUCCAACAGAGAUGAUCAAAAACCAAGAAAUAACUUCGAUGGUAAAAAGGAUUUCAAGAGCAAACCAUUCCAGAAGGAUGGCAAAAAGCCGUUCGGCAAAAACGACAAGUCCAAACCGUUCCAGAAGAAAUUCGGUGAGAAUAACGGAGAUGCCAAGAAGAGUUUCACCAACAUGGAUAAAUCAGAGUUGCCAAAGAAGGAAGGAGAUUCAGAGGCUGUCGAUUGGAAUGUGUACAAAAAGCAGCAGAAGGAGCUGAGGAUGAAGAGGAAGCAAGCGAACAAACCGGGCAUGUUCGAGAAGAUCACAAAGGCCAAACAAAUUGGUGAGCAACUCAGGAUGAAGAAGUUGACUGGAGGUAAAGAGGAGAGAGAUAAGUUGGUGAAUGAAUUGCAUGGACUUCUUGGGAAUCACGGAGAUUACGUGAAAUACGUUUUAACACAUGACAUGGCCAGGAUCGUUCAGUACAUGUUGAAAUUUGGCAACCAGAAAGUCAGAGAAGAAAUUUCAAAAGAACUUGUUCCAUCUACUGUAUUGAUGAUGCAAUCUAAAUAUGGUAAAUUUGUCGUCAAAAGAAUGUUUAUAUAUGGUAAUCAUCAAAUUCGUGCUGAAUCUAUGAAAGCGAUGUACGGAAAUGCUGUUAAAUUGAGCAGCCACGUGAACAGCGCCGCCGUCUUUGAAUAUCUUUACACGACGUACGCUUCGCCUGCGGAUAAAGUAGCGCUAGUUCAAGAAUUCUUUGGAGAUAUGUACAAAACCGCAAAAGACACUUCGGUGAAGCAUCUCAAGGAUGUUUACAGCAAAUGUCCUGACAUGAAGGUGGCCGCUUUGGGAGCGACGAAGGCGAAUUUGCUCAGGGUUUUGAAUAAGGAAUUGCUGGAUUCGGCUUUAAUUCAGAGCGUUCUGUAUCAGUUCCUUUCGGAAUGCAGCAAGGACGAUCGCACCGAGUUCAUUACGCAACUGGUGCCGCACAUUGUGGUGAUCAGCAACAGCAGGGAUGGAGCCAAGGCGGCUAUGCAGUGCAUCUGGCACGGUACCAACAAAGACAAGAAGACUCUGAUGAAGACACUCAAAGAGCACGUGAUCGAGUUGUGCAAGCACGAACACGGACACGGCGUCAUCAUCACUUUGCUGGACUCCACAGACGAUACGCUUUUAAUGAACAAAUUGAUUUUGAGCGAGAUCGUGAGCAAAGCGGAGGAAUUGGUCAAGGAAGAUUGGGGUCGUAAAGUAUUGCUGUGGAUUGUGACAGCAGCAAACAGGAAACAUUUCCAUCCGCAAUUCAUCAGCGAAUUGGACGCGGGAAGGCAAAGCUCUACCAGCAAGAAAGACGUGGAACAGAGGAGAACCGAACUUUUGGAUUACUCAAAGAAAGGAUUGUUGAGCGCAAUUGCCGCUGAGCCUAAAUCUUGGUUAUCCCAAGCCUCAAUUGCAUUAGUAACUUCAGACAUUUUAAAAAUAGGUUCAGGUAACGAAUUGGAAUCAGCAUUCAAGGCGCUUUCCACGGUGGUAAUAGAUCCCGAAUGGAAAGUCGUGAAUGGGGACAAGGAGAUUCUUGCCAUCGAAGAUGCUGGUUUCCAUAUGGUGCUGAAAAAGAUUGCGCAAAACGACAAGAACCACGAGGAUCACACAUUCGGCAAAGCAAUUGUCGAUCUGUUGACAGACGAUUUGAUCACCAGCUGGGCAAAACUGAACAGAGCGUGUUUCCUGCUGCUCGAAAUCUACAAGAACAAUUCAGAGGAAGUCCAAAGCGAAUUGAAGACUAAACUUAAAAGCCACAUUAAGUUAAUCAAGAAACAGAGUAGCGCCGGUUCUAAAUUGUUAUUAAAAAAUAUUGAAUAAAUAUAUUUUAAGCUUGA